GGCAUGCCCGCGCGUGCGCAUAAACGCGUCCUGCUCGGGAACCUGUAGUCGCCUUUUGGGUCCCCUGGAUCCUAACCUGUUUAUUAUCUCUCUGAGCAGCGGCUCAGCUUUUGGGUAUUCGUUAAGACUCCCGUGGCACUGGGCAGGAAGGAGCCAAGGGCUAGCUCGGAGGGAGAGGGUUCUGGGGCCUGAGGCUGCAGCCUAGGAUGGUCCGAGCGAGUUGGCUCAAAGCUACUUUAACACAGUGUGACCCCGAAGGGUUCAGUAAAUCUCAUGACUCAGUUUCCUCAUCUACAAAAUUCGCAAUUUUAUAAGGCCUGUAGAAACAGCACACAAACAGCACUCAAUAAAUAGCACAUCCAUCAUUCUCCACUCGGAUUGGACGAGCCCCUCCGCUCAGGGAACGCGCGGACUGUAGCGUAAUGACGUAAGAACACUCGAAGACGUAUCCAUCCCCAUCACCGUUUCCUAGGAAACGUGGACUCCGCGUUUCACUCUCCGUAGCAGCCCCCUUGACGUCAAGGUCUGGAAGGGAGGGCGGGGCGAAUGCUACCGUCAGGGGCGGGGCGGCGCGGGCCGGCCCGCCCGGCUGUGCACCUGCGCCUCGGCGGGCCGCCUGGGGCGCUGACCCCGGCCCGCCCGGCCUCGCCAUGGCCAGGCCACAGAGGACCCCGGCGCGCAGUCCCGACAGCAUCGUGGAGGUGAAGAGCAAAUUUGAUGCCGAGUUCCGACGCUUCGCCCUGCCCCGCGCUUCGGUGAGCGACUUCCAAGAGUUCUCGAGGUUACUGCGUGCGGUGCACCAGAUCCCUGGCCUGGACGUGCUGCUUGGCUAUACCGAUGCUCACGGCGACCUACUGCCCCUCAGUAACGACGACAGCCUGCACCGGGCCCUGGCCAGUGGGCCCCCACCGCUGCGCCUGCUAGUGCAGAAGCGGGCAGAAGCUGACUCCAGCAGCCUGGCCUUUGCCUCCAACUCUCUGCAGCGGCGCAAGAAAGGGCUCCUACUUCGGCCAGUGGCACCCCUGCGCACCCGGCCACCGCUGCUAAUCAGUCUACCCCAAGAUUUCCGCCAGGUUUCUUCAGUCAUAGAUGUGGACCUACUGCCUGAGACCCACCGACGGGUGCGACUACACAAGCAUGGUUCUGAUCGCCCCCUGGGUUUCUACAUCCGAGAUGGCAUGAGUGUGCGUGUAGCUCCCCAGGGCCUGGAACGGGUCCCAGGCAUCUUCAUCUCCCGCCUGGUACGAGGGGGCCUGGCUGAGAGUACAGGGCUGCUGGCAGUCAGUGAUGAGAUCCUCGAAGUCAAUGGCAUUGAGGUGGCUGGGAAGACCUUGGACCAGGUGACAGACAUGAUGGUCGCCAAUAGCCACAACCUCAUUGUCACUGUCAAGCCAGCCAAUCAGCGCAAUAAUGUGGUGCGUGGGGCAUCUGGGCGUCUGACAGGGCCUCCCUCUGCUGGGCCUGCUGAGCCCUAUAGUGAUGAUGACAGUAGUGAUCUGGUCAUUGAGGACCGCCAGCCUCCCUGUUCCAAUGGGCUGUCUCAGAAGCCUCCAUGCUGGGACCUGCACCCAGGCCGCCUACUUUCCAGUGCCCGCAGCUCUCUGCCCUCCCUGGAUGAUCAGGAGCAGGUCAGCUCUGGAUGGGGGAGUAGCAUGCGAGGAGAUGGUAGUGGUUUCAGCCUCUGAUACACAAGGAAGCAGCCCCUCGCCUCUCUAAGUCCCUGCUGGAACAUGGCAGGACUUCCCCAGUGGGGGUUUUAGCUUGCUCACCGGACCUUCAUUCUGGGGAACAUUAAAGGUUUUCUACAAAUGCAGU